AUCAAUUGUGGGGUUUUUUUCAACAGGCAAGUGCAGCAAUAUAGGAUGGAGGUGCGGAGCUCUGAACCAGUCAAGUUUGCUCUGAAAGCUUUCUCUGCUGUUAGCAGCAACAACUAUGUCAAGUUCUAUAAACUACUCAGAUCUACGACAUAUCUGAAUGCUUGCAUCAUGCAUCGUUACUUCAUGCAAGUACGGAACAUGGCAUUAGAUGUGAUGAACAAAGCCUACACCGUCAGCCAAACCAGAGGAUCUCGCUUCCCAUUGGCUAAGAUCACAACGACACUGGCGUUUGAUAACCAAUCACAGGCAUUAGAGUUCUGUCUGUCUCAUAACCUGGCUGUAGAGGAUGAGAUGAUUCAAUUUAGUCGUGCUGCCUUCCAACAUCCAGACAUCACUCCAUCACCUGAGAGAUCACUGAGGAUCAUUGAAGCCAAGAAUACCAUGACCAUCGGAGAGGUAGUCAAUGGCGGCCCACUACCACCAGAUGUCCUCCACAAAGCUUCGUCAAGUUUUGAUGAGAAUGGCCUCUACAAGGGCUACACAGUCGUCACUACGGAAACAGCAGCACCAGAGAGCAAAGAUGUUGUUCCAGAGAAGGCAGAGCUUGCAGAAAGCAUCCUCAAACCUGCAGAUGACCAGAUCAUGACAGUACCAACUAGUAUUCCGACAGCCGUCCCACAGAUAGCUACUAAAGUACUCUACCCUAGCACGGAGAUAAAAGAGGCUGCACGAGGCUUGUUCUUGGAGGUGAUUGAUGAGAUGGUUCGAGAUCUUAGUAACAGCUUCCUGGGCUGGCUACGUCUCAUUCAAGUUGGUUCAGUGGAGAUUCUACACAGCACUAUCGAGAGAGUAGUAUUACCAUCCAUCAGGGAGAUUGCACAAGGCGUCAUAGACCAAGAACAACACAGACAUCAAGAGACUCAGAUAGCUGAGAUGAAUCGACGUCGUCUGGAGCAACAAGCAAGAGAAGAAGAGAGACAAAGACAAAUCAUGAUGGAAAGGAAAGAGAGAUUGGAACGGACCGUGACUAACGUCAUGGAGGAGACAGUGGAUGAAGUAGUAGAUGAGCAAUCUAGAAUGAUCAGUGCUGCUGAGAUUAGAGCUGUAGAGCAGCAGCUGAAGCAGGAAUGCAUUGAGCGUGCCACAUCUGAGCUGCAUCAUGAGCUGAUUGAGGAGGUCCUCAUGUCAGAAUGUCACCAUGUAGCUGCUGAGGUCAUCCAGUCAGAGACAGAGCUACGAGACCAACGAUUGGCUGAGAGUGAGAGAGCUGUACUGAUGGCACAGACAGCCAGAUACUUACAAAGGUGGUACCGGGUCUACACCAAACGCAUUCAUCUCAAGCGCACCCUACUGACCUUCCCUGCUGCACCGCCCAACCAAACAGCUGCUGAGCAACUGAAGGUACUAUGGGCUGGUAGAACUGAGAGGUCAGAGGUCACAGAAGGCCACCACCGACGAGACGUCACGCUGGACUCACCGUUUGGCAUUGUGACAGGCAGAGAAAGCAUCGCUAGAUCCAUUCUGAAAGUCCACUACCUCAAGAACCUUCGCCAACAACAAGCAUGGUCGCCCCUUGACCUACCCAGCAUGCUUAGCAACUCCUUCCAUUCCCAUCAUGCAUCUGGACAGGCAGGCAAGAGGCAACAGCAUCAUUAUUGGAAACUAGUUGCUUCCUUGCCGAGUGGUAGGUCACAUGACAAGAAGGUGCUCUGUGAUUGGCUGACGGCAAAGCUACAGAGAGGAAGAAUUUCUGAAGGAAUUCGCAAGAAGCAGCUUGAGGAUAAUAGUCAGGUUGAGACGUUGAGUCUAUACUCCAGCAAAGUCCCCCACAUCUCACCUAGCCAACUAUGCACACUCAGCAUCUGUACAAAGGUCAUGGCAGGGUCACUAGACCUAACACAUCAGCCUCAAACACGGCAUCAGCUGCUAGGAACCAGUGGGAUCCUGUUUGGACUGGAUCAACCCAGUCAAGACCAGAACUAUUGGCAACAAGCCAAAUCCAGGCUGGACUCCAUCUUGCAAGCCAAGCCCACAUCACCACCUCCUCCAGUAGUCAUCGCACUCCUUGAUUGGCCAGCUACUGAGCAUGCUCAGAGCAUGUGUGUGGAGAGGCUCGGACUCCAUAGGCUGUCUCAGAUGGGAUUAGUGUCUUCAUAUUGCUUCAUGCAGCUGAAUGGUGAUGUAGAGGAUCCAGUCAAUAACCAAGAGUUGGGUGAGUGCCUAGAAUGGCUUGCCUCACGUUGUGCCCAGCCUCCCCAGCUAUCUGAGGACUCUCUCAAGGGUUACCUAGAUACUGGGAUGACCGAGUUCUUUAGCUUACCACUCCAUGAAGAUGCCAGGACAAGACGGGAUGCUGGUCUUCCUGAACAGGGUUGUCAUCAUGUGAUUGACUUGUACAAUGCUACAGUCAGGCACCUUGCUGAUGUAGCAAGCAGUAGUACCCUGACUUCUCUCUCCUGGCCACCUACAGAGUUUACCAAGACGGAUAAUCAGACAGAGCUUCCAGAUCCUGACUGGAAUGCCUCCGACACCAUGCAGCUACUACGAGAUAGGAUGCUGUCACUAAUACUCCCUGCUCUCCCAUUGGUUCAUGAGGAUGAUGAAUGGCAGCGUGUGUGUGAUCUGUGUCAUGGAUACCUUGCCACCAUUCCUGGCAGUCAUAGGGGUAAAGCACCUCUCUUCGCAAGAGUUCAGAGACUACUUGAGAAAUGUCGUCGUAGCUUUGAAGAUACCUGCUACCUAGCCUAUGAUGCACCAGGCUGUGAGCCAAUGGCAGGCCACGUACCAUGGACAAGAAUCAUACAGGAAUGUAUCGACUAUGUUAUGUCUACUGUACAGUCACAUGACCUUACAGACGGUGAUGAAGGCAAGCAAAUGACUGUUUACUACAUUCAGAGCGAGUUUGAUAGUUUCAAGAUCCCUCAGACCUGGAAAGAAGCUCUUCAUACAACGACAGAAGACAGCUUCCUUCAACCUCCAAGAUUUGCAUCCCAGGUAGCCGCUGUAGUUCAACAAAAGCAGACAGAGUUUAUGGAGAGGCAACUGGAAGCAACAAUGAUUGAGAUGAAGGACAUCAGGAAACCAGCAGUCAGUGUCUUGGACAGGGAGCCAUUGUAUGCUGUUGAUGCCAAGGAGUCAGCUCAAGCUGUCAAGACUGUGCUGUCAUCUGCAAAAGAAGAAUCCAAAAUGUUUGAUGACCUACUACAGCAGUGGCUUCAUGGCACAAAUGAAAUGACAUCACAAGAUGGCAGGACUGAAACGGAUUCCUCGUCUAAAUCCCCAGCAAGCCCACCACGUUUGGAGCAAAGUCUUCAAGACUUAACAUUGGCUAUGGAGUCUGAACGACAAGCUGCUAGACUCACAGAACUCAGACUAGCAAGUCUGCUCAGUCUCUGAACAGUUGUCUUGCUAUGGAAGGGUGUGUCUUAUCAUGCAUUGAUUGAUAUGACAUGUUGCCAUUGAAAUCAUGUCUAGUCAUUAUUUGAGCUGAUCCCUGUGCAUACAAUAUCAUCAUCCUGGAAGUUCUUGCAGUGAAAGGAAAUACAAUCGUAUGUUAUUUGUGCACUUUUUUAAGUUGGAGCCACAAAUUGCUCAAAAUAUUAAGAGGGGGCAUAUAACAGCUCCGUGACAACUGAAAACAGAGUAAACAGAGAAACAUGUGCACAACCACUCAGUCAAUUGACUGGUUUUUGGAAAUAAAGAGUGAUAUGGACAAAAUCCUGUUACGUGAUCAAAAGGCUGUGAAAAUGUUUUCAAUGUUUUCUCAAAAAGUGUAAUAUCCAUUGUGCUUAAACUUCAACAGGUUACAUUUUGAACAGUCUGCUUCGGAUUUUGAGUGGUGCUCUUAUUGGAAACGAACAAAACGUAUGAGAAGCGACUGAUCCUAUGUAUGCCUUUAAGUACUUAAGUAACUGUAAAAAGUAAGUAAAGUCUGUCCCGAGCCAAUGUGGCUCAUCAGGCCGGUGUUUAUCUCCGGUUUCCUUGGCAUGAAACGACUGAGAAUAUUUCUACUCCCCCUGAAUGGGAUGCCA